GCAGGAUAUGUUGAUAACUGUGCAUUUUAAAGCAAAGUUAGCUGUACCCUACUGUGACAGAUAUUUAAUCAAAAUACUUGUUCUUUGUUAAUAAGAAGAACGCUGAAUAUUUAUGGAAAGGUAGUGGUUCAAAAUCAUAGUGUAUACUGUAUCUAGCAAUCAUGCAGUCUGAAUAUGUAAAGCAAGUGGGUUUACUCGCAAAGGGUAUGGUCAGAUACAAAUAAUUACGUCAAAAGUAUGCGCAAAGCCUCAACAGUGAGGGUUUAAAAGGCUCAUCCCUCAGUCUGUGGGCAGCUUUGUAAGAGCCUGGAUCAAAAUUUAGGGAAGGUAUGAUUCAAGUGUUGUGGAUACAGUAUCUUUUAUAUAUCUUUAUUAUAUUUUGUAUCUUCCACAUAUACAUAUAUGAUUUCACUAAAUGAAAAAUUCAUUUUAAACCAAGAAAGAUUUUUUAACUGUAGUCUUGUGUAAAAUAUAUUGUAAACAAUUAUGCUCUUUUUUGUCAGAUGUCUAUCUAUACUGAAACACUGUACAAAAACAGCACGACCAAUAUUCCUGAAUUUGUCCUUGAAGGAUUCACAGGAAUUCCUGCUAAGUAUUAUGGAUUGGUAGGAACCUUUUUCUUCUUCAUUUAUCUGAUGCUGGCAUCUGGGAACGUUUUCAUCCUUGUAUUUGUGGCAUGUGAAAAAAGUCUUCAGAAGCCAACGUAUAUCAUCUUCUGUAAUCUUGCAAUAUCAGAUCUUGGAUUUGGAACUACAACUCUGCCCAGAAUCAUUGCUAAGUACUGGAUGUCAGAGAUCAUUUCAUUCAAUGGUUGUUUUACACAAAUGUAUUUUGUCCAUUAUUUUGGGACUUGCACCUCAUUUCUUAUGGCAUUAAUGGCCCUUGAUCGAUUUGUUGCCAUAUGUAACCCAUUGAGAUAUCCAGUUCUGAUUACACACACCACUAUUGCAAUUCUUUGUUCAGUGCUUUGGAUAGGAACCCUCCUCCAGCUUGGUGUCAUUACUGCACAUAUCCUUAGUGUGCCUUAUUGUGGCCCAAAUAUUAUACGUCACUGCUACUGUGACCAUAUUUCAGUAAGAAAUCUAGCAUGUGCAGACAUAACAGCCAUAAAAGACACUAGUUUUGCCAUAGCUAUGACUGUACUGUGGGGUCCUUUAAUUUAUAUCAUAUUUUCUUAUGUGGCCAUCAUUAUUUCAGUCAUGAAAAUCUCAAAUAAAGAUGGACGCUAUAAAGCCUUUUUAACAUGUACUCCACAGCUAUUUAUUAUCUGCCUGUACUAUCUUCCCAGAAGUUUUGUAUAUAUUGCAUUUAAUGUUGGAUUUCGUGUUGAAUCAAAUCUCCGCAAUGCAGUGGUAAUGACGUACAGUCUUUUCCCUGCCCUCAUUAAUCCACUCAUCUACUGCUUUAGGACCAAAGAAAUUAAGGACACAUUAAUGAAAAAAUUAAAGCAAAGACAGGUGAGGGUAAAUAGAAAAAGUAUUUUAACCUAAAGAAAAUUAUAUCUUAUCCAAUUUGUUUUCAACUGUAAUUACAUUUAAUAACAUCAGUAACAUUUUAAAAUGCAGGAAAACAUG